UGCCUAGUAUCGUACAUACAUCAUACUAGACUGUGCUGUACUGUUUUCCACUGGAGGAAGAGACGCUGUCAUCUGCAAAAAAAAGUGGCAGAAACCAUUCUAAAACGUAAAGCCCGUUUGGCAUUUACGCAUUUUAUGUAGUGAGUCGCGCGUAUGACGGUAUCGCCGCCUCUAAAAUUUCGCUGCAGUGAGGCACGGCGGUUUUUUGUGAUCUCAAGCAGCCGCAGUUUUGCGAAUGACCACUUUAAUUUGUAUCGAAUCAGUUAACGACUCGGUAAAUGAGUAAUCCGUGCCUUUUAUCUAGACACCAGUCAGACGAAUUCUGCUCAUUUUGUUGGAGCUGAUCGAGGCUCUUGUGGGUUUGACGGGUUGUGUGAAUGUGGACAGCGCCGAGAAGGUAGUCACGGAUGUCGCGACAGUGCAGUUUGUCCCGUUGCCACCGGGACCCGUGUUGGUGAGGCAGCACUCGAGACUAGGAGCCGCGGAUCUGGGGGAGUGUCAGUGAAAACGAACGAGAGGAAAGCCAAGCCUGCCCUGGAUUUCAAUCAUUUGCGAGAUAAGGCCCGAGCUUCACAGAGAAGGGACUACAACAGGGCCUCCACCUCCUCCGCUGCCUCCUCCGCCUCGACGCUACCCCCUCAUUCCCCGUUUCCUCCCGUGAUUUGCAAGGAUCCGCACGCGGGUGAAGUUGGAUACAUUUCGGCGAGGACUUACUUGAGAGCGAGGCCCCCCUGGACCCCCUCCCCCACCCACUCCCUUUGCAACCCCUUCAAUCCAUCUAUAUUUCUCCCAUUUUCGAACAAGGAUUGUUAUUCCACAACGAUCCAAGGUCCGUGUGGUUUUUUUUAGUCCCGUCCAGGCCGGGCUGUCCAAACCAGGGGGAUGACUUUAGAAUCUAUGAUGGCUUGCUGCCUGAGCGAAGAGGCGAAGGAGUCCAAACGAAUUAACGCAGAGAUUGACAAACAGCUUCGCCGAGACAAGCGGGACGCCAGGAGGGAAUUGAAAUUACUUCUUCUGGGUACGGGUGAGAGUGGCAAGAGUACCUUCAUUAAGCAGAUGCGCAUCAUCCACGGCGCCGGCUACACAGAUGAGGACAAGCGCAGCUUCACCAAGCUGGUCUACCAGAACAUCUUCACCUCCAUGCAGGCCAUGAUCCGGGCCAUGGAGAACCUCAAGAUCCAGUACAAGUACGAACAGAACAAGUCCAACGCCAUGCUGGUGAAGGAGGUGGACAUUGAGAAGGUGUCGUCGUUCGACGCUCCCUACAUCACGGCCGUCAAGAUGCUGUGGGCCGACCCCGGCAUCCAGGAGGCAUACGACCGCCGCCGCGAAUACCAGCUCUCAGACUCCACCAAAUACUACCUGACUGAUCUGGAGCGCGUGACGGUGCCCAACUACGUGCCCACCCAGCAGGACGUGCUGCGUGUCAGGGUGCCCACCACGGGCAUCAUAGAGUACCCCUUCGACCUGGAGAAUGUCAUCUUCAGGAUGGUGGAUGUGGGAGGCCAGCGUUCCGAGCGGCGGAAGUGGAUCCACUGCUUUGAGAACGUGACGUCCAUCAUGUUCCUGGUGGCUCUGAGCGAGUACGACCAGGUUCUGGUGGAGUCCGAUAACGAGAACCGUAUGGAGGAGAGCAAGGCCCUGUUCCGGACCAUCAUUACAUAUCCCUGGUUCCAGAACUCCUCGGUCAUCCUCUUCCUCAACAAGAAGGACCUGCUGGAGGAGAAGAUCUCCUACUCACACCUGGUUGACUACUUCCCAGAGUUCGACGGUCCCCAGAGGGACGCGCAGGCGGCUCGUGAGUUCAUCCUGAAGAUGUUUGUGGAUCUGAACCCCGACAGCGAUAAGAUCAUCUACUCCCACUUCACCUGCGCCACGGACACGGAGAACAUCCGCUUCGUCUUCGCCGCCGUGAAGGACACCAUCCUGCAGCUCAACCUCAAGGAGUACAACCUCGUCUAGAGAGCCCAGCGCCCAGGCCACACACACACACACACACACACACACACACACACACACACACACACACACACACACACACACACACACACACACACACACACACACACACACAACCUCAUCUAGAGCCCAGGCCACACGCCGCACAGCCCAGGCCGGGCACCACACACACACACACACACACACACAUACAUGUAUACACACACAUACACACAUGUCCAAACACACUCACAAGCACACAGACACUAGUCUGUUAAACACACACACACACGCGCGCGCACACACACACACACACACACACGCACACACACGCACACACAGGGAAGCUCCCACAACAUGCUAAAAUGAGAAGUGUAAACACCUGCACGCCGCAUAGACAUGCUUUGCACAUACAGUGGUGUGCCCACACACACUCACACACUCACACGCUCACACACUCACUUGCCCCAACACUCAUGCAUACUCAUGCACACAGGGAAAACGAAACACACACACACACACAUAUGCUCGAAUGCGUAUGUGCACUUUUUUGUUUAUGUGCUGAAACACACACACACUCAUACAGUAUAGAUGCACACACACACACACACACACACACACACACACACACACACACAGUAUAGAUACACACGCAGGCACACAGAAAUCUACAGACACAAGUAUAAAAGCUUGUGUGUGCACUGGGGUUGUGAGCAAACACACACACACACACACACACACACACACACACACACACACACACCCACCCACCCACUCUCUAUGACGCUAUAGUAUACCUAUCCACUCCUCGUCCUUCAUGAACUUCCUGUUUGGCUGAAGAUCAGUCUUACAGGCCCCUCCCACAAUCCCCCAUCGUCCAAUCACACACUUCCAUCGUUAUGUUUGCCAAAGCCACUCCCUUCUGGUUGGCAGCUGUAGGUCCCUCAUCGCAAGUGUGUGUGUGUGUGUGUGUGU